AUGGGGGAUACUUUUCUCAGGCAAGACAAGAUUCGCAUGUUGGAGGCAGAACGGGCACAUCAGGUUGUGUCUGCCAGUGUCACACAACAUCCGUUAGAGGUGGACGGGGAUGUCAGCGACUCCAGCUACUUCUCUGACAACGACGAUGUCCACCAUGAUCUGAACACGGAUCUUAUCCGCAUUCGACGUACCACCAAGGAUCUCAACAUCGUGAAUCGAUAUAGGCCACAUUGGACAUGCAAGGAAGCAUUUCGUGAGUCCUAUCAAAACUGGAGAGACGGCAUUCUGAGAUCUUUCGACCUUGCUCAAUCCCGAUUUCGUCCCACGUAUACCGAGAAACUCGAUGGGGGAAAAGGGGUCAUACUCAUCGAGGCGCGUCAUCCAGACACUGGAAAGUUGCUUGGCUUUAUUCAAUUCAGAUGUGAUAAGGAAGGAUAUUGUGUAGGAGGUCUGAAGAUAGUCAACUUCAAAGCCACUCUCAGGUACUGCGAUUUGGGUACUGGGGCAACAACUAAGGCCCACGACAAUGGACAGACCGGACAACAUGGCGAUGGCAUGAAGCUCUCUGCCCUUGUUUAUCGACGCAACAACUACAACGCUCACUAUGAAAGUGGUGGAUUCAAAUGGAGAUUCUUAUACAAGAAAGGUAGCCUAGCCUGCUCUCUCAGUCGCAUCAAUGAGAAGAGAUUGGAAAAUUUAAAGAAGAAGGCUUGGGGUCAGCCCAGGACUCACAUCUCGCAUCCCUGGGAGGAUGUUUGCUUGACCGUUGCUGCUCCGGGGCGUACUCGCGACAUCUGUGGAUCCCCGACGCAGGGCAAACGACUUAGUAUUGCCGAGUACAAGGAUUGGAUCACUGUUACGCUCGACAUCAAUCCACCAAAAGAUAUCAUUCGCACCAUUCAUGGUGACCUUAUUCGCGAUCCUGAAUACCAAGGACGCAUGUACCUACGUGGUCUUCUACUACCGCGCGGUGGAACGAACAGAGAAAAAUACGUAUACGGAUACAACUUCGCCGAAGGAAGUACAAGCUCCGAUCGCGAUGCGCUUUCGGGCGUAGGAGAAGAAAGUGAAGGCAUUUCCGCCAUCUGGUCAGCUGCGAUACGAGCAGAUGCGUCUAGUGAUUCCGAACUAGUGUCGGACUACACUUAUCUGCUUCUAAGCUCCAUCAACAAGAAGGGUGACGUAAUGAUGCAAAUUCACGAGGGGGAGGAUGAGCUUAUGCCUGGCGAUAUUGCCAGGAGGGUUUGGGCGAAGAUGCUGACGCUCAACAAGGAUGAUGAAGGUCGAACAGCCUUUUACUAUUCGGCUAGUGAGGGAAAGGAUGAAGUGCAUAUCAUCGAGAAGAGUUUGCGCAAGAAUCCUGUUCCCAUCGACCCCGAGUUAUGGAGGAUCUUGAGGAAGUACUUCCUUUGCAAAACACCUAGAGAUGAACUGCUCCAUCGUUUCAAAUCUGCGCGAGUUGUAAAACUACCUAACAGCAGCUUUGCGUUACAUAUGAACAGGAUGUUGAAGUGCUUGUUGUCGUCCUCUCCAGCGACCCGGGACAUGAAACUUUUCUUUGUGAACGGCGAGCACUUGGACAUUGACGCCGGAUUCUUUGCAGAUGCGUGGAAAAUUCACAGCAAGUGGCUUACUUGGGAAGGCGCGCACGAGCAAACGUUUUGCGAAGAAGACCAAUCAGCAAACCAAGAGGUAUUCUCCUGCGAUCACGCAGUCCUGCAGCUAUGGGAUAUUAUGAUCUCUCGGCUCAUAGCCACUGGUCAUCAUCCUCAAGUUGUCACUGAAGAACGCUGGCUCAAGAGUAUGGCAAGGAAUCGCUUGUCGCAGAUGCCUAGGUCUGUUAAAUGCUUUCCAACACAGAAAAAGGGCGAGCUUUCGGUCACUUGGGAGUCGACAGACUCACACAGGCACAAGGACAAGACGGUCAAGAUUGUUCUGUCUCGGGUUGGAGUUAGGCAUAAACUACCGUUGCAUGCUACUCUUAUACACCAUGAAGAAGAGUCUUGCGCCUGCCCAUAUCAGAUAUCGCAAGCUGUCAGCGGUGGUGUCACAUUCUCAGGUCUUGACACCAACCUUGGAUACCUCCCUCAAGUAUCAAGAGACGUUGAAGGGUCUUUCAUUGCUAUAUCUCCAAAGCCUAUGAAGCCUCUUCACGAAGAUGCUGUUCAUUUACAAUCUCUCGCUCCUCAGCUGCGCGUACAGGAGCUGCCAAACUGGCGAUCGCCUGAGUUGAUGUUAAUCGAACAGCAGCAUAAGGAGCGAUGGGCCACUGCCCGGCAAGAACAAGGCAAUCAAUCUUGGCAUCCUCUACUGGGAAGCCAUGCACUUCAGGACUACCAAAUGCAGCUCAUGUUGCUCGAGCAGCAGAAUAAAAGGCGGUUGCCCAUGGCUCGGCAGGAACAAGACAACCAAUCUGGACAUCCUCAGCAAGACGCUACCGGCGAUCCAGGCUCUGGGGCCGACAUGUCACCUGGAGGUAACAGAGCCGAAGCGGACACCGAGCCUACACUAUCUUCAGUCGAGACCGGUUCUCACUCUGCUGCUGUGGAUCUAAUUGGACCGCGUAGUAAUUACGGACCUCCCCGUGUCAGCGGCGACGAUGAGAUGGAAGACAGUGGAUCUCUGUAUCGACCACCAAGUAGCAGUCCACCUCCGUCAGCCGCGGUAGCUCCGCUAGCGCCGCCAAGUCCGAAGCCAUCCACAGUGCGCAGCAAGAUAGUAUGUGUGGACCUGACAACCCGGUCCGAAGAAGAUACUUACUUUCUCGGCACUAAGAUCAAGCACAAGGCGCUUGACUGGGCUGGCAGCUUUCCUGGGAGUCACGACUUCUACCGGACUCGCAAUGAACCAGAUCAGGAGAUAUAUAUACUGAAACCGAAAAUUAACGCUAGAAAAUUACGUCGCAAGAGGGUGCAAUCCGGAUCCAAAGACCGGGGUAGUUCGAAGAAACCGCGUGCCAGCACAGCGGCUGACCGGGCGGCUUCAUCAGUAUACAUCGUCCUUUCAAGCCCAGAACCCGAGAGCGAUCAAGAUACACAAAACGUUCUUGAUAGUCGCUCCGCGGGCAGUGGACUGGCGAGCAUGACCCCACGGCCAGAAAAAGGUAUUAAAUAUCGCUACUGA